AUGUACGGCAACCAUAAUUUGAAUUCAGAUGAUAGUUGUUUCAAUUGGAAUGAAGAGAAAGCCGCAGAACCAUACCGUCCAAAUGUUUCUUUUGACCGGAGUUUAACACCGCAAUCCUUAAGAACAUCUACACAUAGGUUAUCAGAAGAGAAAAAACAACAAAACGGGGUCAUACACAUUGACGAUUCCCCUUCAGUCGUUUCUGAUGUAAUAUCAAACAGGCGAGAUCGUUCACAGGAUUUUUUUGGGCCUCAUUCUUCAUCCCCUAUUGCCCCUUCUGAGCGACAACGAGCGGAUCAGAGAUCACGGUUGGAAUCUAUGAGGUCGACUAAACGUCGAGAUAAAAUGACCAAAAUACGCGGUGGUUUAGAAAAGAUGGAAGAGAUGAUCAUGCAAGGUGAACAUCUUAGAGAAAUGCGAAGACUAAGACAUGAAGCUCAAAAGAACACAGUACCCUCAGACAUGGCUGAGUACAUGGAGUGGCAAAACAACGAGGAUUUGGAAGACGAUGAGCUGCUUGAUUUCGUUGAAAAACAAGAAACUUAUAAAAAGGAAUUAGAACAACUUUUGAACAAUGCUAAUAAAAAUGUUCAUGAGAACAACUCAUUUCCGAACUCCUGCACAUAA